AUGAUCGGAGCUGAUAAGAAAGAAAGAGCGCUCGGUCUGAAGGAGAUGAAUCAUCUCGCGGGGUUUUACGAAGCAGCUUAUCACGAAAUGGACAAUGUCGGGGUCUCGGUGGUACAACAUACAGCUUGGGGUGUAGCUUAUGAGUAUAAGCGUGGGCCCGCUCAAAUUCUCCCUAUCAUCAUGAAGAACGGGCGUGGAAUGACAUUUCCUACCAAUUCAACUGCUUUCAACAUCAUUUGCUUUCAGUUCGGUUUCAUUCAUGAGAGUAUUCGUCAGCUCAUGCUAAGGAAAUACGGCGAUGAACUCUGGCAGGAAGUGUUGACCCGAGCUGGAUUUGAGAAUGGCAAGGAGAAUGUCGUCAAUUACUAUUAUUCUGAUUCGGAUACUUAUUCGUUGGUGGAUAGCGUAGCUGUAAUAACAAAAAUGACACGUGAACAAGUAUGGGAAAUGUAUGGCUCUUUCCUAAUUGAAUACACCAUGGAAAUUGGAUGGGAUGAGCUUAUCCGAAGUAUGAGCCCAAAUUUAAAGGGGUUUCUCGAUAAUCUUGACUCCCUUCACUACUUCAUAGAUCAUGUUGUAUAUAAGGCAAAUCUUCGAGGACCUUCCUUCCGUUGUGAGGAAAAUGCGGAUGGAUCCAUAACGUUGCACUAUUUCACAGGUCGUCCAGGAUUGUAUCCGAUUGUAAGAGGAGUUCUACGCGAAGUAGCAAAACGUGUAUUCAACAUCGAUAUUUCUUUGAAUAUUACGGGCAGAACACAGAGAAGCGUACAGAUGGCUACAGGUGAAAGAGUAGAGGAACACGUGAUUUUUGUGGUCAAGACAGUCGAUCAGGGCCGAGAUAGCAGCAGUGACGCAUCAACUGCUGAGCCGUUCUCUACAUCAGAUAACUCAGAUCAAUCUCUGAAGAUGAACGCAACAGAUUUUUGUGCUGCAUUACCAUACCAUAUAAUUAUGGACGAACAUUGCCGUCUAAUCCAGGCCGGGAAAGAACUUAUAAAUCAUGUUCCUGCAGAGCUUCUAUCUGUUGGUACACCAAUCAUGCGCAUUUUCGAAGUGAAUAGACCGCAAAUCCCAUUCGACUUCGACAACAUUUGCAAUUUUAUCAACGCCGUAUUCGUGCUCCAAGUGAAAACAUCUCCAACAGAUAUGAAGAAACAAAUUGAUGAGGAGAACGGAGAUGGCUCAACGGCCAGCGCCACAUAUCAUCAUGGACAUCAUUUGAAGUUGAAAGGGCAGAUGAUGCUACUAUCUGAUAAUAAAAGUUUGAUCUACAUCUGUUCACCCUAUGUCACUUCGAUUCAAGAACUGAUGCAAUUCGGGAUGCGUUUGACGGCUAUGCCCCUACAUGACGCUACAAGAGACCUUAUUCUUCUCAAUCAGCAACGUCUUACAGACGUUGAAGUGAAUCUCCAACUUGAAGCGAACAAUGAACAGUUGGAGACAAUGGCGAAGGAUCUCGAAGCGGAGAAGGGCAAGAUGGAUGUGAUCCUCAGAGACAUAAUGCCGAUGUCAAUCGCUAAUCAAUUAAUGAACGGAGAAGUUAUUGAAGCUUGUGAAUACGAUCAGGCGACUGUAAUGUUCUCAGACGUACCGAAUUUCCAAUCAAUACUACCGUAUUCAAAGCCAAAAGAUAUCGUACAGAUGCUCAACGAUCUGUUCCAUCGUUUUGAUCGAUUGGUAGUCAUGCAUAAGGUUUAUAAAGUGGAAACUGUUGGGGACAGUUACAUGACGGUUGGAGGGAUUCCAGAACAACUCCCAGAACAUGCCGAAAUGAUCUGUCAUGUUGCAAUCGGAAUGUUGUGGGAAACACGAUCUGUGAUUGAACCAGUCACCAAAAAAUCUGUACAAGUCCGUAUCGGUAUUCAUUCCGGACCACUGGUAACUGGAGUUGUAGCAGUAAAAAUGCCCAGAUAUUGUUUAUUUGGCGACACGGUCAGCAUGGCGUCAAGUAUGGAAUUACAUGGUUUGCCAGGAAAAAUACAUUGUAGCGAAAAGUCCUACAAAUACGCUAUGCAAACAGGACGAUUCGAGUUCACGAGCCGAGGAAGAAUAAACAUCAAAGGGAAGGGAGAAGUGGAAACAUACUUUCUGAUCCGAAGCACCAAGAAAAGUGUAUGGGAAAUAGUGGAUCGAGAGCGAGAUGUUCACAAGAACACCAUUGAUGGAUAUGAAGAGCUGGCAACGGGCCUGAAGUACGCUGAGCACCAAAAUUCUGUCGUUCAUCCAGUAGCGACGCAAACGACGAAGACGUGCACUAUUUCAUAA